GGCCUGUUUGUCAUGGGCGGUGGAUAUCUGCCAGGGACCAUCCCUCAGGCACUGGGUGCGAUAUCGGUCCUUUUAGCCAGUGUCAAUGUUGCGGGAGGUACGUUGCUCAUCGGCGUGGCACUACACUGAGUUUCAAACAUCUAACCACAGGAUUCAUCAUCACUAAGCGCAUGCUGGACAUGUUCAAACGAAGCACCGAUCCGCCCGAGUACUCGUGGCUGUAUGGCCUUCCCGCGGUGG